AUGUUAUUCUCAUGCAGAGCCAGAUUCCUCCACUAGGGGGAGCCGGUGAGACGCUACCUGUAUGCAACCGCGGCGCUGCUGCUGCUGUUGGGUGCUCACCCCUUCCCUGCCUUUGUGAGUACAUUGGAGGAACCUGCGCACAUAUACUGAUCCUGAGCAGGCUAGAGACAGCUCGCAGCAGGAGUGGGGGGUCGCCUGCAGGAUUUAUCCCGGACACAUCACCCUGGCGGCCGCAUGCUACUAUACCUGCGCUGACACGGAUGAAAUUGUUGUCACCGAGUGUCUCAUUGUUGAAUCUCCGUAGCUGCGGACGGUGAAAACAAGGAUUUUGCAAGAGAAGAUGAUGAAACCUGUGAUUUGUUACUUUGUGGUAUUUUACACAAUAACUAUUGGAUAUUCAUCAAAGAGGUCAGCUGUGGAUUUGGAUGCGACACCCAGGAUAACCGUAACCUAUAACGAUCUUUCUGAUGUGAAACGGUUUAGUGAUAAUGUAAAGAAUUACAGCACAUUACUCCUGGAGGAUGAACAUGGAAUUCUCUAUGUGGGAGCCAGAGGUGCCAUCUUCUCUCUCAACCUUAGUGACAUUUCUCAUGGGUCCCAGAAAACUAUCCCAUGGGAGGUCACAUAUAAUGACAUUGAAAAAUGUCGGGAAAAAGGAAAAAACAAUCAGACCGAGUGCUUCAACCAUAUAAGGCUCUUGCAGAGGCUUAAUCAUACCCACCUGCAUGUCUGUGGAACGUACGCCUUCUCCCCGAAAUGCUGCUACAUUGAUGUGAAGACUUUUACUUUUCCUAAACCAUGUCAUGAAGGAAAAGAUGUAUGUCCAUACGACCCAACCAUAGGGUACACUGGAGUUAUAGUAGAUGGCUUUCUGUACACAGCCUCUCGUUACGGGUUCCACAGCGUGCCAGAUAUAAGGAGAGAUAUUAUUGCACCCAUGUUAAGAACUGAGGCCACCCCCCUGCACUGGCUAAUUGAUGCUGAGUUUGUGACCUCUGCUCUGGUACGAGAAAGUCUAAAUAGCACAAUAGGCGAUGACGAUAAAAUCUACUACUUCUUUAAUGAAAGAGUUAUUGAGGAAAGCUCAGAGUUCCUAGACAAGACUCAUGUAGCAAGAGUAGCUCGUGUGUGCAAGAGCGAUAUGGGAGGCAAGAAAAUUUUGCAGAAGAAGUGGACAUCAUUCCUAAAAGCAAGAUUAGUCUGCUCCAUGCUGUUCUAUGAAACCUUAAAGAGUGCGUACACACUGGAAGUCGGGAGUUGGCACACAACCAUCUUUUACGGGGCCUUUGUCUCACAGUGGGGAAGCAUGGAAUCCUCAGCUGUUUGUCGGUACAGCAUAUCUGAUAUCCAGAAGGCAUUUGAGGGGCCAUACAUGGAAUAUCAGGAUACCACAAGGAAAUGGGAUAGAUAUACAGGAAAUGUUCCACAGCCAAGACCAGGCUCAUGCAUAACAAAUGAAUUCCGUAGUAGUGGCUACAACGUCUCUGAAGAUCUCCCCAAUAAGGUCCUUGAUUUUGUCAAGCUCCAUCCUCUAGUGUCCGAGCAUGUGAAGCCGAUUGGUGAAAAGCCGCUCCUCUUCAAGAGGAAUAUUAUUUACUCUCGAAUUGCAGUAGAUAGAGUGACAGCUCUGGAUAAGGAACAGUAUGAUGUGCUGUUUCUAGGGACAGACAAUGGUUGGAUUCACAAGGCGGUAGUCAUCAAUGAUAGAGUUCAUAUAAUAGAAGAGAUACAAGUCUUCAAGACUCCACAGCCAGUUGAAAAUUUGGUUAUAUCCAAGAAACAGAAUAGUUUAUAUAUUGGAGCCCAGAGUGGAGUCCUGCAGUUACCACUGUCCAGCUGUAACCGUUAUACCUCAUGCUAUGACUGCAUCCUAGCCAGGAACCCGUAUUGUGGUUGGGAUGGCAAUUCAUGCCGUGAGCCUCUUACGUCACAGGAUCGGGUACAGAUGACGCAGGAUAUGCAGAAUGGUAACGGAGGAUGUUUAAACAACACAGACGACGCUGUUCCUGUAAAGAAACUGCGGACAGUUUUGAAAGGCGAUGAUGUUCUCCUGCAGUGUGACCUCUGGUCUAACUUGGCCAAGCCGCAGUGGCUUGUAAAUGGUACAGAGCCAUUGGAAGGUGAUGAAGGUCACUUUCGAUUGGGUGUUGAUGGACUUCUCAUCUCCGAUGCUUUACUAGAACACAGCGGUGAAUACACUUGCUUCUCUGUAGAAAGUGGGUUAGAGUCUAUAGUUGCAUCAUAUAAUGUCAAUGUUCUGUUGGAGCUACCGAAAGAGAAAAUCUACUCUGAAGCUACGCCUGUUGACCAGCUACCAACACCAGCAACCCAUGCUUCUACUCAUCUGGAGUUUGUGUACAUUUCCGUCAUUACGGUUCUUGGUGGACUGUGCCUAGUACUUUCUGUUGUUUUACUGUACGUUUCUUGCCAGCAGAAACGAAAGGGUAAAUAUCAAAUGCGUAACUCCCGGAUUACAAGCGUAGAGCUUCAGACAGUAUCUUCAAACUUCAAAGACAAGUCAGAUGAGCACAACAAUUACUCUGACGGGUGUCUUCAGAUCAUUCCCGGCGAGGCACCAACAGCUCCUCCAAGCAAAGUAAAUCCUCCUCCCCCACCUCCGCCACCUCCUUUGCCCUCAGAGUUCACCAAUGGAAUUAGCACUCUUCCCAACAUGCUGAGGAAGAUGAAUGGUAACAGUUACAUGCUUCUAAGACAAAGUGAGGAGUCCAGUUCUCCCUUGUACAAUUCUUUCACAGAAGAACUUAGCAAGAUCCUGGAGAAGAGGAAACACACACAGCUGGUUGAAAAACUGGACGAAAGUUCUGUUUAGUAAAAACUGCUAAAAGACAAUGGAAAAAUCACACAACGCUACCUCAAUGAACAUAUUUUUUAACUAAUAACUUUUUAUAAUAUUUUCAUUAACUCCCAUGCUUUCCCAUAUAGUUUAAUUUAUACAAACCAGCACUAUGAAGGUCAGUGACUCCCACACUCAACACCUUCAUCCGUGGAGCUUCAGGGCUCUCUUCUACCAUGAUAUUUACAUCAUACAAUGGACAACUAGAUGGAGGACAAGUCCUCUUAGUGGAAACAUUCAUCCCUGUUCUGCUUUGGAGGAACCAUGACCAAAGCUUAGAAAGGACAUGCAUCUACAGUAUUCAGCCACGAGAGGAGGAAACUGAAACGGAGACAGCAGCAGAAUUGGAAGCACGUAGCAUCGGAGCUU